AAACAGCGUUCCUUCAUUGCAGCUAUGGAUUCCAUCAAAUUGGUAGGGGGCUUUGCUGCUUUCCUUGCCCUUUUCUUCAUCUACCAUAUUUGGCUAAAGAAAUGGCAGGCAGAAACAAGACGCCAACCGCCCCAGCCUGGUGGUGCUUGGCCGGUAGUUGGCCACCUCGGCCUACUGAGUGGAACCACUCCUCUCCAUAGAACCUUGGCUGCUCUAUCAGAGAAGCACGGCGCUCUUUUUACCCUUCAACUAGGUCUAAUGCGUGUUGCAGUACUGAGCAGCGCAGAUCUAGCCAAGGAGUGCUUCAUUACAAACGACCGAGCCUUUGCUGGUCGGCCCCCACUACAGGGCUCAAAAUACCUCGGUUACGACCAUGCCAUGUUCGGCCUCGCCCCGUAUGGACCAUACUGGCGUGAAGUCCGCAAGAUGGUCACCAUCAAGCUGCUAUCAAACCGGCGAGUCGAGCUGCUCAAGGACAUCCGAGUCCAAGAGGUGGGUUCCUUGGUGCGGGCCUUAUACCACACCUGUGGUGGCAAUCAACCGGUGGACAUGAAGUGGUGUUUCAACACCUUCAUUGUGAAUAUCAUCCUUAGGAUGGUCGCCGGAAAACGGUACUUUUUGGACAGUGAAGAAGGAAACACUGGGGACGCGGAAGAGUUAUGGAAAGUGGUAAGCGAUUUUUUUCAUUUAUUGGGAGUGCUGACCGUUACUGACGCGAUACCAUGGCUGGAGUGGCUGGAUGUGGGUGGUCACCUCGAGGCCAUGAAGAGGGUUCACAAGAAGAUGGACCGAAUUGCCUCGGCCUGGCUGGCAGAACACCAGCGGAAGAAAGUGUCUGCCGGCAGGAUGGAAGCGGAGCGAGAUUUCAUUGACCUGCUGAUUGAAGAGUUGAAAGACAGUCGCUUGUCUGAAAAGCACCAAACUGAUACCAUAAUCAAAGCCACCAUUAUGGCUGUGGUAUCGGCCGGCACAGACACCAUAUCGGUCACCUUAGAGUGGACAGUCGCCGCUCUCCUCAACAACCGCCAGGCGCUGGAAAAAGCACAACAAGAGUUGGACUGCAAUGUAGGCAGGGAACGACGGGUGGAGGAAUCAGACGUCAAGAACUUGCCGUACUUGCAAGCUGUCGUGAAAGAGUCAAUGCGUCUGUACCCAGCGGCACCGCUGUUCCUCCCGCAUCAGUCGAACGAGCCUGUCCAGCUUGGCGGGUACCACAUACCAGCCGGCACGACUCUGUUUGUUAAUGCCUGGAAGAUAUUUCGAGACCAGAUGUUGUGGACAAACCCAGAAGAGUUCAAACCAGAGAGGUUCUUAACCAGCGACGAGGAUUUUGCUUUCAGCGACGGUCAGAGCUUUGCCUUCAUGCCGUUUGGGUCAGGCAGGAGGAUGUGCCCUGGUCGAACAAUGGCUUUGCAAGUUCUUCACUUAGCGUUGUCACGCUUGCUGCAAAGCUUCGAGUGGUUGACGGCCACGGACGAGCCAGUUGACAUGACCGAAGGAUCAGGGGUGACCAUGCCUAGAGCAGCUCCACUCAAGGUUCGCCUGAAGCCUCGUCUCCCGCCUCACCUCUAUUAGUCAAACAACUCAGAUAUAUUUUGCUUCUUGUUUUUGCAUGCUUAAUGAUGAUUUAGCAGGGUUCGUUGCUUUUAGAACUACUUUUUCUAGUUUGCUUCCAAACGAACAAUGAGCAAAUAAAAUGAGAAUGUUAUAAGACAAAUUUGUGAAUGUUUCAUCUUAAUGGAAAUGUAAUAUUGUAUU